UCCAGCUCGCCUUCCAGUACGUGUGUUUACACCGCGCGCUUAUCGCACGUGCUAGAACUUUUCAAAUUCAAACAGGCGCCAGCAGAGGGAGUUCGCGACGCUCAACGGUUCACCAGCAGAUAACUACCAAAAUGGCAACAGAAAAUUGUUUAAGCAGUUCUCAGAUCAACAAGGUUGACAACGAAAAACUGGUAAGACCAAAAGUGCAGCUGAAAAGCCUGUUAGAGGAUGCAGGUGCAGAUAAAGAUGUUUUCACCAUGAAGGAGGUUAUGUUUUAUUUGGGGAAGUAUAUCAUGAGCAAGGAGUUAUAUGACAAGCAGCAGCAACACAUUGUUCACUGUGGAGAGGAUGCUCUUGGUGCUGUUCUCGGGGUGAAAAGUUUCUCAGUCAAAGAGCCCCGAGCUCUCUUUGCAAUGAUCAACAGAAACCUUGUUACAGUGAAAAAUCCAGAUACUCAUUCUACCUUCUCGGAACCCAGAAGUCAAAGAGAACCAGAUAGAGGGCCCGGGGUAAACGUACUUUUAUACUCACACACUUAGAUUCACAGAGUAUUGACCCAUUCCACAGAGUUGCCCUGGUA